AUGCUGCUGCCAUUCGUGGUGGGCCACUCCGCCCCUGCAUCAGUGCUACAGCACCUAUUGCCGGGAUUUGCGAAUGUCAGCCUACCCUCAGGUAGCCAUGGUAGCCACCAUGGCUACCAUCAGCUCUAUGGGGCAGAGAACUUGCAUGGGAAUUUACUGUUCAAGUUGUUACAGCCAGGGGGCAGCUUGCAGAAUCUUUGCCUUGUGCCCCUUCUUAUCGGCAUGAACUUACUCGUCGCGCUGCUCAUGCAGUACAUUGCCAGACGGACGCGCAUUCAAGCUGCUGGUCCACGGAACGAACAGAAGCCGGAGGAAAGAUACUCGGGGGUGGCAGCAUUCCUCCGGGACUUCGCCGGUAUUCAGUCCGUGUACAAGAUAGCCAAAGGCUGGCUGACACACGAUGCAUACAGGUGUGUGUCGACCAGCCUUUGUCUGCUCACAAUAGCUCACUGGUUUCUCAGAGAGUGGACAUAUGCACAGCUCCUAUCCUCUCUGACGGCCGAUCUGACCAAUGCUAUCGUUGCUGUGCGGAGCACGAGAGACCUUUCCUUGGUUUACAGCCGCCUCUUCUCCAUGCUGGCCUGGCAAAUCGCCACAGCGCCCCUGUUUCUCAUCUUGGAUCCGAUGAUCCAAGCGUGGUUUGCAUCGUCGCUUCAGAGCUACAUCACCAACUCGAUGCUCCAGUCCUACAUCUCAGGCGGAAGCCAGGCCUACUACAAGCUCAAGAUGGAUGACGAGAAGCGGGACCUCGACAACCCGGAUCAGCGCAUCAGCGAGUCUGCAGAGCAGUUUGCUUUCCUCAUGUACGUGCUCUUCUCUGGAUUCCUCUCUGCGGUGUUCGGAAUGCUGGCAUGGGCGGGAGUUAUGAUCCAGCUGGGCGGCUAUGCCCUCCUGGCAACCUGCAUGGGCAUGGCAUGUCUACGGCUGAUGCUCUCGAUCAGUCUCUUCGGGAAUGCCUUGGUGGAUGCCUUCAAGGAUCAGCUUGAGACAGGUGCCACCUUCCGCUAUUCUCUGGCCCGUCUGCGCGAGCAUGCAGAACCUGUGGCUCUUGCACACGGAGAUCAGGUUGAAGCUGCUCGCUCAAGGCACCAUUUCAAUUCCCACAUCGAUGCGUUCAUCAGCAUGCUGUUUUCGACGACGCUGGGCAUCGUUGACUUCUUUCCUGUCGUCAUCCUUUGGCUGUACCAGGUUCCGCAGAUCGAAGCAGGAGUCCUGAACUUCGGGGACGCCCUGCGGUGUCAGACUGGAUACAUGCAGGUGGCCAAGGUCAUGGACUUCCUGGCAAAUUCUUACGCCAAGCUGAAGCAGCUGCAGGCGAAUGGGGAGCGGCUGUGGCAGCUCUGGGAAGCCGCUGAUGAGGUCAACGAGGAGCCGCCCGCGGACUCGGUCAUCGACUUCGCUGCCUGCGACACAGACGUGGCGUUUGCCUUUACCUCACUCUUUGUCUUCACACCUGGCGGCACCACAGCUGUGGGUGGAGUCAGCCUCGCAUGCGAAGCUGGGAAAGGCCUGCUGAUCACCGGAGGCUCAGGCAUCGGGAAGUCAUCGAUCCUCCGGGCCUUGGUGGGUCUCUGGUCAGCAGGGGAGGGAGUCGUUGAGAAAUCCCCUGGAGCUGAAGUGAUCUUCCUGCCCCAGAAUUCCUACUUCCCUGUCGGCACCCUGCUGGAGGCCGUGAUCUAUCCUGCUCAGCUCACAUCCUUUGGAUGGGCGGAGAGGAGCGGCCUCGAAGAGAGCGCCACUCGCGCUCUGAAGCGCGCGCUGCUGCAGCCUCUCCUGCGCCGGUGGGGUUUGCAGGAGACCCGGGACUGGAGUGCAUUGCUAUCUGCUGGGGAGCGCCAGCGGUUGGCCUUCGCUCGGCUCUUUCUGAUGCUG